AUGUCAUUUAGCCGGACAUGUCUGGUGGAAGCUGAUAACUCUACGUUCCAUAACCCAAUUUUGCCUGGUUGGCAUUCCGAUCCGUCUUGCGCCCAGGUCGACGGCACAUUCUACUGUAUCACGUCGAGUUUCAUCACAUUUCCGGGCUUGCCAGUAUACGCCUCCAAGGACUUAAUUAACUGGAAGCUGAUAAGCCACGUGUGGAGUCGUGAAAGCCAAAUGCCUGGCGCCAGCCAGCAAACCAAAGGACAACAAGAAGGCUUCUACGCCGCAACCCUUCGGCAUCAUGAUGGCGAGUUCUGGGUGGUGUGCGAGUACCUCGGUCUGCCUGACGGAAUGCUAGGCACGAUCUUCAAAACCAGGGAUCCAUUCGACGCAGCAGGGUGGAGUGACCCUUACACAUUCCCAACGCCCAACGGAGAUUUGGAUCUUUUCUGGGACGACGACGGAAAGAUGUACAUCCCGGGAGGCGGCCACGUUCUCCUCGACGUCGACCUCGAGACGCGGACAGUCAUCAACAACAUUUUCCUCUGGGCUGGCACUGGCGGUGUAUGGCCUGAAGGUCCUCACCUCUACCGCAAGGACGGCUGGUACUACAUCUCUGCGGCCGAAGGAGGGACCGAGACUGGACACUACCAGGUCAUGGCUAGAUCUUCUAGCCUAACUGGCCCGUUUGAACCGUGCCCGUAUAACCCGGUCUUGACGAACAAGGGCACCGAUGAGUAUUUCCAGACUAUCGGUCACGCAGAUCUUUUCCAAGACUCUGUUGGGAACUGGUGGGGUGUCGCUCUCGCCACACGUUCCGGGCCAGAAUGGAGAAUCUAUCCCAUGGGCCGCGAGACAGUCAUGUUCCCAGUCACUUGGCGGGAAGGCGAGUGGCCGAUACUGGAGCCUGUCAGGGGCAGAAUGUCGGGUUGGCAAAUGCCCGCAACAUCGAGAGACCUCCCGGGAGACGGCCCAUUCAACUCGGACCCCGACACCCACGACUUUACUACAUUGAGCAGUAUCCCUCGCAAUCUCAUCCACUGGAGAGUUCCCACUGAGGGCGCCUUUUCGAUUGAUAGCUCGAUAGGACUCCAUAUCGUGCCUAGUCGCGCGAACCUCACGGGUGAUAACGCGGAACUGGAUGGUCGUUCGGGGCUAUCAUUCAUCGGACGACCUCAGACGGACACUCUCUUUACCUUUCAAGCCGUCAUUGACGCAUCACUUACUGAUGUUGGCGAGGAAACUGGUGUUACGUUGUUCCUGACCCAGUUCAACCACGCAGAUGUGGGGGCAGUAAUCCUCCCCAAGACGGAUGGCUCUGGAGGAAUUGCUCGCAUGCUACGCUUCAGGGCCACAGGAGAAGAUGCACCGGCAGAAAAUCUCGUCAAUGUGCCUGAAGCAUGGGGAGACGAGCCGAUUCGGUUUCAGAUUGCUACAGUCAACAGCACCCACUACGUGAUGGCCGCAUCCCAGGCUUCUCAACCGGACCAGCAAGUCGUUAUGAGUACGUUCUCGGCAAGAUUGGUUAGUAGCCAGAGUGGUCCUUUCACCGGGUCGUUGCUAGGUAUCUACGCUACCUGCAAUGGUGCUGGCUCUGGAGCUAGCUGCUCUUCUGGAGGCGAUGUCUGGGUGAAGGAAUGGCUUUACGAAGGCAAAGGUCAAUACUAUACUGCAACGGAUUUCGUUCCAGAGUAG